AUGCCUUCUGGGUACUGUAAUGUCGGCCGUCGCUGGUGGAGCCUGAAACGUUGAGGAAACUCUACAAAAACGCGCGGUUCACGCGGGUUUUCUCCGUGUUUUGUGUGAAUCUUUCCGUCUUUUUUGUUGAGCCCACGGUCACGAUGGCGUCCACCGCUGCAGGGAAACAGCGGAUACCGAAGGUGGCGAAGGUGAAGAACAAAGCUCCUGCAGAGGUUCAGAUCACAGCUGAGCAGCUGCUGAGAGAAGCCAAAGAGAGGGAGCUUGAACUUCUGCCGCCGCCUCCGAAACAGAAGAUCACCGAUCAGGAGGAGCUGAAUGAUUACAAACUGAGGAAGAGGAAGAGUUUUGAGGACAACAUAAGAAAAAACCGCACGGUCAUCAGUAACUGGAUUAAAUACGCACAAUGGGAAGAAAGUCUGAAGGAGAUCCAGAGAGCUCGUUCCAUUUACGAGCGAGCGCUGGACGUCGACCACCGCAACAUCACCCUGUGGCUGAAAUACGCCGAGAUGGAGAUGAAGAGUCGGCAGGUGAACCACGCACGAAACAUCUGGGACAGAGCCAUCAUCAUCCUGCCACGUGUCAACCAGUUCUGGUACAAGUACACAUACAUGGAGGAGAUGCUGGGGAACGUGGCCGGCUGCAGGCUGGUGUUUGAGCGCUGGAUGGAGUGGGAGCCUGAAGAGCAGGCCUGGCACUCCUACAUCAACUUUGAGCUGCGUUACAAGGAGGUGGACAAAGCUCGCACCAUCUAUGAGCGAUUUGUCAUCGUUCACCCUGAAGUCAAGAACUGGAUCAAAUACGCUCGUUUCGAGGACAAGCACGGCUAUGUCGCUCACAGCAGGAAGGUGUACGAGAGGGCGGUGGAGUUCUUCGGAGAGGAAUACGUGGAAGAAAACCUCUUUGUGGCCUUUGCCAAGUUUGAGGAGACACAGAAGGAGUUUGAACGUGUUCGGGUGAUCUAUAAAUAUGCCCUGGACAGAAUCCCCAAACACGAGGCACAGGAGCUUUUUAAAAACUACACCAUGUUUGAGAAGAAGUUUGGAGACCGGCGGGGCAUCGAGGACGUCAUUGUCAGCAAACGGAGGUUCCAGUAUGAAGAGGAAGUCAAGGCGAACCCACACAACUACGACGCGUGGUUUGACUACCUGCGCCUGGUGGAGAGCGACGCCGACCCCGACACGGUGAGGGAGGUUUACGAGAGAGCCAUCGCUAACAUGCCCCCGAUCCAGGAGAAGAGACACUGGAGACGAUACAUCUACCUGUGGAUCAACUACGCUCUGUACGAGGAGCUGGAGGUCAAGGACCCUGAGAGAACGAGGCAGGUGUACAAAGCCUGUCUGGACCUCAUCCCUCAUAAAAAGUUCACGUUCGCUAAGAUCUGGUUGCUUUAUGCUCAGUUUGAGAUCCGACAGAAGAAUCUGCAAGGAGCCCGAAAGAUCAUGGGGACAUCGAUCGGCAAAUGUCCGAAGAACAAGCUGCUGAAAGGCUACAUCGAGCUGGAGCUGCAGCUGCGAGAGUUCGACCGCUGCAGGAAACUCUAUGAGAAGUACCUGGAGUUCACGCCAGAGAACUGCUCCACCUGGAUCAAGUUCGCCGAGCUGGAGACCAUCCUGGGGGACGUGGACCGGGCGCGCGCCAUCUUUGAACUCGCCAUCGGACAACCGCGCCUUGACAUGCCCGAGGUUCUGUGGAAAUCCUACAUCGACUUUGAGAUCGAGCAGGAAGAGUUUGGAAACACGAGGAACCUUUACAAGCGUCUGCUGCAGCGGACACAGCACGUCAAGGUCUGGAUCAGCUUCGCCAAGUUUGAGCUGUCCAUCGAGAGCGGCGAGCGGCUGCACAAGUGUCGCCAGAUCUACGAGGAGGCCAACAAGGGCAUGAGGAGCUGCGAGGAGAAGGAGGAGCGGCUGAUGCUGCUCGAGUCCUGGAGGGAGUUCGAGAGGGAGUUCGGUUCCGACACCACGCGAGAGAGGGUGAGGAAGCUGCUGCCCGAGAAGGUGAAGAAGAGGAGGAAGCUGACGGCCGAGGACGGGUCGGACGCAGGAUGGGAGGAAUACUUCGACUACAUCUUCCCCGAAGACGCCGCCAACCAGCCCAACCUCAAGCUGCUGGCCAUGGCCCGCAUGUGGAAGAAGAAGCAGGAGGACGCCGACGUUCCAGGGAACCAGAACGAUCCAGAGAACGAUCCAGGGGCUGAAGAACCGAUGGAGACGACGAGGUCGCCGCCCUCGUCCUCUGAGGAACCAGAGGCUGCUCCUGAAAAGCCGCCACAGAACGAGUCCAACGGAAACAUGGCGACAGAAAUGGAGCAGGGAAACACGCACGACGACCGUGACGACGCCGGCAGCAGCAGCAGCAGCAGCAGCGAGAGUGACAGUGAGGAGGAGGAGAAGAAGAAGAAGAAAGAGGAGCAGGAGGAAAGCAGGAGCAGUGUAGACGACAAAGAUUAGACUCAUCGCUCAGAUUAAACAUUCAUUUUUCUACACUUAUCUUUUAUUCUACGUUUUCUUUCAUACACACACUCGUCUCUUCAAAAUGGCCGCUCGUGUUUCGGCUCGAUUCAUAAUUUACAGGAUUUAAAGAAAAUGAACAUUUGUACAAACGGUGGCUCUCUGACCGUGUGACAGAACAGUCCGUCUGCUGAUGAAUGUCUGUCUUCCUGACCAUGUCAAGUUCAGUAUAUUUAAGAACUUAACCCCGGUUCUAAAGUGGAUCCAAAGCCCAGCUGUGCUCACAGCGCCCUCUGCUGGACCCGACAGUAAUGACUCCAGACACUGCUGCAUUUCUAAAGUGUGUUUUUAUAAUUCAAACUUGUUUUAAGAGUUGGAAUUUGAUCUUUUCUCCACCGUAAAUUAAAAAAGUGACAGCCCUGUGUGUGUGAUGAUGAUGAUGAUGAUGCGUCAGAGAGCCACACUGCUGUUAUUCGAUGUCCUCAGGUCUGACAGGAUGUGGCAGCGGGAUGAUGGACUUCUUCUCCGUGUCUCUGGACAGAGCUUUCCUCAUGUCUGCACACAGAGAGAGAAAAGACAAAGUAAAUCUGGGGGAACAGCGCCAUCCGCUGGUGGAGUUUGAGGUGAACACACACCUGGUCAGCUCUGAUGCAAACAGACUUUUGUCAAAGUUUAAUAAUAAAAAUGUUAAAACAGUA